GGUCACGUACGGGACGACGCAGAGCCUGCCGGGAGCUCGGUGCGCAAUGGCGACGCCCAGCCUGCGGGGUCGCUUACCGCGGCUGGGGAACCCGCGGAAGCCUAUACUGAAGCCCAACAAGCCCCUCAUUCUAGCUAACCGUGUUGGGGAACGACGCCGGGACAAGGGCGAGGCGACUUGUAUCACAGAGAUGUCGGUGAUGAUGGCGUGUUGGAAGCAGAAUGAAUUCCGCGACGAAGCGUGCAGAAAAGAGAUCCAGGAUUUCUUCGACUGUGCUUCUAGGGCUGAGGGGGCCCGAAAGAUGAGAUCAAUCCAGGAUACAGGAGAAUCUGGGAAUUUACCCCCCAUGAAACUCAAUAAGUUGUUACAGAGAUUUCCUAACAAAUCUCAUGUCAGUUGAAAAUGGAGAAGCAUUUUCUAUGACUGGACUGUAGCUACUGAGAACUAUGCAGAGGUGUUUUAGAGACGUUUGCACUGCCAUGCUCUAUUUGAAAGGUGAAAGGAGGCAAGAUAUCUUUUCAUCUUUUGUAAUCAUUGUCAGGGUGGAAGUUAUGCUUUAUCUUGAAAUAAAAUCCUCUGAAGAGAAGUU